GCAGUUGGCACAGUACUACACGUGCUACUUCGAUGUUUGGUUCGAUUUAUUUUGGAGCGCAAACCACUUGGACUAUUUUAGAAAAUAAGUAAUAAUUUUAGUGCAGUAUUAAUUGAUCGACAUCAUAAAAUGAGUGACAAAGACCCGAUAAUUUGUAUUCCCGGACAGAGAUUAUGCCCUGCAGAUAAAACGAAUAUUGCUGGGCAAGGCACAUAUGAACAACUUGGCUACAUAUACUCCAAAUUUGCAGGAAUAGUGAAAGUUAUAAAAAAUGACAAUACGUGUACGGUUGAAGUUCAUGGGAUGACGGAUCAAAGUAUUGUACCUGCUCCAGGGGACAUAGUCACAGCAAUGGUUACAAUUGUCAAUCAACGGUUCUGUAAAUGCACUAUUAAGUGUAUUGGUGACAUUGUAUUGAGUCGACCAUACAGAGGAAUUGUCCGGAGGGAAGAUGUCAGAGCCACAGAGAAAGACAGAAUUGAAAUGUACAAAUCAUUUCGACCUGGUGACAUAAUCCUCGCAAGAGUUUUACCAAUGACAGAGGCACACACAUAUCAAUUGAGCACAGCUGAAAAUGAGUUGGGUGUUGUCAUCGCUCACAGUGAAGAAGGAGUUGCCAUGGUACCAGUCAGUUGGACAGAAAUGCAGUGCCCCAAAACUUUAGUAAAAGAGUUGAGGAAAGUGGCGAAAAUUAUACCAGAAGAAGUUGCUGUGCAAGAUGGAUAAUUCUUAACAAGUUAUUGAUUAUUGAAUAGAUAUAUUUAUUAUAUUAUGUAAUUUAUAACUGCCUCAAUUUAUCGUACUUUUUUCAUAAAAGUGCAUUUAUCAUACGAGUUUUAUAUCGUCUCUGUUAGAUUUACACACAGAGCUGAUAAAAAUGAUAGAUUGUAAGAUAAUAGGCUGUUUUAAAAUGUAAAUAUCACGUAAAAAAUGUAUAUUUAUUUUUGAAAGCGUGAAAUAAAACUUGUAUUAUUUCGUAUCGUCGAA